UGCGGCUCGUGUUCAGCUGCUCUCACUUCAAACUCUCACACACGGGGAUGCAGCGACACGCGUGGACUUUCUGAGCUGCAGUGGAUACUUCUGAAGCUCGCGACGCUGGACACCAGUGGACCGUGAACGUUUUCACUGCGUGGACAAACGCUGCACGGAGAGUCUGUGCAGCUGGAUAUGCCACAGGUGUCAGGGUGUGGAGCUGCUGCAGGCUGUGGCCCAGAGACCCGCAGGUUGUGAAGAUGUGGAGCAGCGUUUUCAUUGUGACUGUGCUGCUGUCGUCCAUGAAAGCGGCUGAAGCUCAGGGCAGAUGUAAUAAUGUGCAAGCGGCAGAUAUCGUUUUCCUGAUUGACGGCUCCUCCAGCAUUGGCCGGGCCAACUUCCUGCAGGUGAAGGGCUUCAUGGCAGGAAUCGUCAAGCCGUUUGUCAGCUUCGUUGGCGAGUCGGGGAUACAGUUUGCCGCCGUACAGUACAGCGAGAUUCCCAGGGUUGAAUUCACCUUCUCGACCUACCUGAAUGGCACUGAGCUGGUCAACGCCAUCCAAAAUAUCAACUACAAAGGUGGAAACACGCGCACCGGCGCUGGUCUUAAGUUUGUCGCUGAUAACUUCUUCAACCCUGCGACCAGUCGAGAUGUUCCAAAGAUCACCAUCCUUGUCACGGACGGGAAAUCCCAGGACAGUGUGCAGGAACCGGCACAGAAGCUGCGCAGUCAAGGAGUGCAUGUGUUUGCAGUUGGAAUAAAGAGUGCAGACAGGAAUGAACUGGCUCAGAUCUCCUCGGAGCCCAGUUCAGACUUCACCUCGUUCGUUGGAGACUUCAAACUACUGAACACUCUUCUUCCUCUUGUGGGCCCCCGGGUGUGCUCCAAAGCAGGAGGAGUGUAUGCUAGUGAUGAGGCAUUUUCCGGUCCAUCGAACAUUCAGUUUAUAGGGCAGACGUCCGAUUCUCUUAGGUUUCGCUGGGCUGCCGCUGGAGGGCCUGUGAGUGGCUAUGUAAUCCAGUAUGUACCCCUCUCUGGUCUGGGGCAGCCCAUAACAGCAGAGUUAAAACAGGAGACCGUCUCUGUGAAGCAAAGGGCGUUCACUGCACGAGAGCUGCAGGCCGGAACAGAUUACCUGGUGACCGUCAUCGCCCAGUACCCCAACAGUGUGGGAGAGUCUGUGUCUGCCAAGCAGCGAACCAGGUCGUUGCCGGGCGUGUCCAGUCUACACUUGAUCCAGGCGAGCUUCUUCUCCCUCACUGUGGGCUGGGAUCAGCCUUCGUCUCCCGUUCAAGGCUACAGACUCACCUACGGACUACAAGGUCAACCGGCCGAUGAGUUGUCGGUGCAGUCCCUGUCCUCAGAGUCCACGUCCGUCACCUUGGAGUCGCUUCAGCCCGACACCGAGUACGUCGUCAGCCUCUACCCACUGUUCCCCCGCAACUCUGCGCCCCCGUCCACGCUCAGCGCCCGCACAUUGCGCCUCGAGGCGGUGAAGCAGUUGUCGGUGGAGACAGAGUCGGAGGGCAGUGUGGUUCUGCGGUGGAGAGGCGUCAGCGGGGCUCGCGCCUACCGUCUGGUCUGGGGACCGUUUACAGGUCGGAACGUUGAGACCGUGGAGGUGGACGGGGGCCGUGAGUUUUACACUCUGUCCAGACUGCAGCCCGACGUCGAGUACAUCAUCACCAUCAUCCCGCUGUACGAGGGCGACACUGAAGGUCCUGUCGCCACUGCCAGGUUCAAGAUAGAGCGUCAGGAGCAGCAGGUCCUCAGAGCGGCCAUCACCAGCCCCUCCUCCAUCCGCCUCACCUGGAGAAUCAUCCAGUCCUCUCAAGGGUAUCGUCUGGAGUGGAGGGAGGGAGAAGGAGGGCGUGUCCAGAGCUUGUCCUUUCCUAGAGGCACGACCGCCUACGAGUUAACGGGCCUCCGCCCCCAAACAGAAUAUAUCAUCACCAUGUACACCCUGUUUGAAGGUCGCGAGGAGGCCACGCCUGUCUCCACCAGCGUCAGAGAGGAGCAGCCUGUGGGGAGGGUGUCCAACCUGAGGGUGGUGGAGGCUCUGGGCAGCACCGCCAGACUUGGCUGGACAGGCGUCGCCGGAGCCACGAGGUAUCGCAUCGUUAUCCUCAACACAGAAGCUGGAACAGAGGAAAUCCAGACCGUCGACGGGAGCCAGACCACGCUGGAUCUCAGAGACCUGACGGUGGGAGUGUCCUACGGUGUCAGUGUCACUGCUCUGGUGGGAGAAAAUGAAGGAGACCCAGUUACUGUCUACAUCAAACCAGAGCAAAACAUCGGCCGAGUCACAAACCUCAGAGUUACUAAUGCAAACAGCCGGAGACUUCGAAUCGCAUGGACCGGUGUCACUGAGGCAUCAGGGUACAGGGUCACAUGGAGGCAAGGCAACAGACUGGAGCAGUCCCGUAACCUGGGCGCAGAGGCCUCGACCUUCACCAUAGACGGCCUGCAGCCGGACGAGGCGCUGAUCAUCGGCGUGGCAACGGUUGUCGACGAACGCGUCGGAGAAGUCGUCAGUCUGUCCGCUCGGACUAAUCCCCACGGCGGAUCGGUGCCUGGACUCCGCAUCGUCGACGUCACGUCUCAGAGGAUACGCGUCGCGUGGUCGCCGUCCCCCAGAGCCACGGGCUACAAGGUCACAUGGCGCAAUAAUGGAGUUGAAACGACUCGUAAUGUGCUGGCUGACGUCUUCUCCUACACUAUUGAUGGUCUACAGUCAGAUUUAGUCUACACUGUGAAGGUUUCAGCACUGAGCGGCUCUCGAGAGGGAAGCCCCUCCACCCUGGACAUCAGGACAGAAUCAGAUCAGUCGGUGGUCGGGACAGUGACGUCCCUGCAGAUCCAGGAGUCCCAGGGAGAGAUGGUCCGAGUGUCGUGGGUCGGUGUGCAGGGAGCCACGUCUUACCGCGUGUCCUGGAGGAGGACGGAUGGUGGUGAAGAGAGGAGUCAGCUGGUCGGAGGAGACGUGACAGCGGUGGAUUUAGAGCGUCUGGACCCUGGAGUUCAGUAUGAGGUGCAGGUCAUGGCUUUAGUUCAAAACAGAGAGGGUUCUCCUGUGUCUGUCAGAAUCACCACACCUGGAACCGAUCCCACCGCUCCCUCGCGGCCCUCCACGACUCUACGAGUGGCAGAAGUUACCCAGAGUUCUGUGCGGCUGGAGUGGUUUCCACUACUCGGUGCCACGGGGUAUAUUGUGCGGUGGAGAGAGGACACAGACCUUGGUCCAGGCUCGUCUUAUUCACUGCCUGCUGCGUCCAGCUCCUACCUGGUGACUGGGCUGCGUCUGGGCCGUCGUUAUCGCUUCAGUGUGCAGCCGACCUUUCAGAGCGGACCGGGACCAGAGAGCUCUGUGGACGAACACACUGUGUGUGUGGACGGCCGUCUGGACCUGGUGUUUCUGGUGCCCGCGUCCACCGAUCGACUCAAUCUGGCGCGACCUCUGCGCGACCUGGUCACGAGUGCGGCAAGGUCAUUCCGCGCCAUCGGCCCCCGCGACACACAGGUGGGAGUUGUAGUUUAUGGUUACAGACCCAAAACAUGGUUCCUGCUCAGCCGCCACGACCGCUCAGACACGCUGCUGCAGGACAUCCAGGCCACGCCCUUUGAAGAAAGCCGAGGGAAUAAUAUUGGUGAGGCGCUGACCUUUGCCCGACAGUACCUCCUGACCCCCUCAGCUGGACGCAGACCGACGGUUCCCGGUGCCGUCGUCAUCAUUGCUGACAGGAAGUCCGCGGACAACCUCACCCUCGCGGCCAGCGCUCUCAGAGCUACAGGUGUCACAGUGUUAGCGGUGGCUGUGGACCAGGCGGACACGGAGGAGCUGCGUUACACCGUGACGGACGGCAGCACCCAGAACAUCCUGUAUGCACGUGAUGCAGCGCAGCUGGACACGGUCCACAGCGACCUGGCAGAUUUCCUCUGCGGCGUUGCCAGAGCACCAGUGGUGUCUCCAGGUCCACAGCAGUGCACGGUCCAAUGCCCACGCGGUGAGAGAGGCGAGCGUGGAGAGAAGGGCGAGAGAGGCAGAGAUGGGACAGACGGACGCAACGGAGGACCUGGUCUUGGUGGUUUGCCUGGGAGGGACGGCCCCAGAGGCCCUCAGGGACCAGCAGGACCACCGGGACUGCCGGGCCAGUCCACCCCCGUUGAACCCUUUGGGCGGGUGAAAGGAGAAAAGGGAGAACGAGGGUUUCCUGGUAUUGAUGGAAAUCCAGGGUUGCCGGGUAGACCGGGUGCCCCCGGAAACGCAGGGGUUCCGGGCUCACAGGGCCUGCCGGGUAUCAGAGGAGUCUCGGGUGAACCAGGUACGACCGGGCAACAAGGGUCAAAGGGCGACAGAGGUGAAAGGGGGGAACCAGGCUCAACUAUAGCUGGAGGGGGUCUUCCAGGGAGGAAGGGAGAACCAGGCCUCCCAGGGAUACCGGGCACUCCGGGUCGACCGGGCAUCACCGGAACCAAAGGGGAAUCUGGAGUUCCGGGAUUAUCAGGUCAGGACGGUCGUCCUGGGAUUCCAGGAACACCAGGACUCUCCAUCAAGGGAGAGAAGGGCAGCUCAGGAGAGAGGGGACCUCCAGGAGUAGGCAGCGGUGUUGCAGUGAAGGGCGAGAAGGGCUUUCCAGGUAUUCCAGGAUCUCCAGGGACUCUGGGCCCUCGAGGGCCAGCAGGACCACAGGGCAGCAAAGGAGACAAGGGCGACGGUGGUGAAGGGUUACCUGGACCUGCAGGCAGACAGGGAGAGCCUGGAGACAGGGGUCCUCGUGGUCCUCCAGGAGAGAUUGGCAGUAAGGGUGACCGAGGACAGUCUGGAGAGCCCGGAUCACAGGGAGACAGGGGAGAGCGAGGACCGGCUGGAGAAGUCGGGGGGAAAGGCGACGCAGGAAAGCCAGGCCUGUCAGGAUCACCGGGGCUGAGAGGUUUAUCAGGACCCAGUGGACCACCGGGAGAAAAGGGACGCGACGGAGCUCCAGGAGAGCCUGGAGGAAGUUCUCCAGGUAUCCCAGGAAAGAGAGGUGAACAGGGCGAGCGGGGUCUUCCUGGUCUUGAUGGGCAGCGAGGAGAGAAAGGAGACCCAGGACAGAGAGGAGAGAAAGGGUCACCAGGGUUAGGUGCUGCUGGUCCUAAAGGAGAAUCAGGAGAGAGAGGACUGGCUGGUAUCAGUGGAAGACCAGGUGCCAAGGGAGACGCUGGUGAACCAGGAGAGCGAGGGGACAACGGGCGUCCAGGUAUCCCAGGAAAGCCUGGUCUUCCUGGGAAAGAGGGAGGGAGAGGAGAGAAGGGCGAUGAAGGCACUCCUGGGGAGUCUGGACUUCCAGGGAAGCCAGGAGAAAGAGGACUCAGGGGACUGACUGGUCAGCCCGGACGUCCAGGGGAGAAAGGAGCGUUGGGAGACCCUGGAGAGCACGGAAUAAAUGGCAGCCCUGGACCUGCAGGACUGAAGGGGGAUAAAGGCAGCCAGGGACUUCAAGGACCUGCUGGACCACCAGGAAAAGUGGCUGACGUCCAGGGGCAGCUGAAAGGAGAGAGGGGAGACAAAGGUGACGCCGGCAGCCCGGGAGGACUCGGCAGCAAAGGUCAGAAAGGAGAAUCGGGGACUCCUGGAGCCGCCGGCCUACGAGGUCCUGAGGGACAACGUGGACCUGCCGGCACAAGAGGUGACACAGGAGAAAGAGGAACACCUGGAGAGAAGGGAGAAAGGGGAGCUUCUGGGCUGGAUGGACGUCCAGGUCUGGAUGGUAAACCAGGUCCUCUUGGACCAGCUGGACAGAGGGGGGAUUCUGGGAAACUGGGAGAUCCCGGGAGAGAUGGUUUACCAGGAACUAGAGGAGAACUGGGCCCUCAAGGGCCUGUUGGGCCCCCAGGAACUCCAGGGACACCUGGUAAAUCAGGUGAAGAUGGCAAACCUGGGUCUCCUGGAAAGAUGGGUGAGGAUGGAGUGCCAGGAGAAGACGGGAGGAAGGGCGACAGAGGAGACGCAGGAGCAGCUGGAAGAGAUGGCCGUGAUGGGCAGAAAGGGGACCGAGGGCUUCCUGGAGCUGGAGGCCCCUCCGGUCCUUCAGGGCCACCUGGGUUACCUGGCAGUAUUGGUCCUCCUGGACAGGUUGUGUACAUGAAAGGAGCCGAGGUGGCACCGAUCCCCGGCCCACAGGGGCCCCCAGGAACCCCUGGCGUCCCCGGUGUCCCCGGAGCUGCAGGACCCAGAGGAGAGCGAGGUCCCCACGGCCUUAAAGGUGAAACUGGUGACCCGGGAGAGGACGGAGCACCGGGCAAACCUGGGACAGCUGUGGACGUACAGAAGGCUCUGGCCAGCCUCGGUAUUCAGGUCUCUGAGCUGAAGGUGGUUGUGGACAAGAAGGACUUGCUUGUGGCUCCUUCCCUGCAGAAGCCGGAGAAAGGUGCAAAGGGAGACACGGGGGACGCAGGACAGAGAGGACCCGCUGGCUUAGAUGGCGCUCGUGGUAUUCCAGGAGAGAGAGGAACCAAGGGGGAUCAAGGGGAUCGAGGACCUGCGGGAGCGACGGGGCCUCCUGGAAGAGCCAUUGGGGAAAGAGGGCCAGAGGGGCCCCAGGGCCCUGCCGGAGAGUCUGGCAAGCCUGGUAUACCAGGUGUUCCUGGGCGAACUGGGGAAGUAGGAGAGUCUGGAAGAUCAGGAGAAAAGGGGGAGAGAGGUGACAAAGGUGACAAAGGAGAAGCUGGAAAACUUGGAUUAACGGGACCAUCGGGUCCACCGGGUCAAAAGGGAGCGUCUGCUGAUUCAGUGCUGAUUGGUGCACCUGGGGCUCGAGGCCCUCCAGGGUUUGCAGGACAGAAGGGAGAGGCCGGGGCAGCCGGACCACCAGGACCCAAAGGAGACAGAGGUUUUGUGGGACAAAAAGGUGAUAAAGGAGAACGAGGAGAACAUGGAGAAAAAGGACGCGAUGGUUCAGAGGGAACAGCAGGAGAACCAGGGAAACCUGGUCAGGAUGGAAAAGCGGGCCCACCAGGGCCCUCUGGUCCUCAAGGGCAAUCAGGAAAUCCAGGAGAGCCUGGUAUACGGGGGCCAACUGGCCCGUUGGGUCCCUCUGGGCUUCCAGGUGCACCAGGGUUAAAGGGUAACCAAGGAGAACCAGGUGUUGGCGUGCAGGGUCCUCCUGGUGCGCAGGGGAGCACAGGUUUGCCAGGACCACUGGGCCCUCCGGGAGCUGUCGGUCCGCAGGGCCCCCCGGGACUGUCAGGGCAGGUGGGUGAGUCCGGUAAACCUGGAGUUCCUGGAAGAGAUGGCGUUCCUGGGAAAGAAGGAACACAUGGACUCCCAGGAAAGCAGGGCAUUGCUGGACCUGCAGGCCUGCCCGGCUUAAAGGGGGAGCAGGGAGACAGCGGCCCUCCCGGGAAGGCAGUUGCUGGUGCUCCUGGACCCAAAGGAGCAAUGGGUCCUGCUGGUCCAACACUACCUGGCACAACUGGAGAGAGAGGUCUACCUGGCGAGAAGGGAGGCAAAGGAGACAAAGGUGGUGCUGGCAUCAAAGGGGAGAGAGGAGUGGUUGGUGAAGCAGGAGACCCGGGAGAGGAUGGGGCACAGGGAUCUCCUGGGCCAAAAGGAGAUAAGGGGGAGAGGGGCAUAGGACUGGCUGGUCCUCCUGGUCGGGACGGUCCUCAAGGUUUAAAAGGGGACUCAGGUCUUCCUGGUACAGCUGGUCCUUCAGGACCACAUGGAAAGACUGGUGAUGUGGGGCCUCCUGGCCUGAGAGGAGAAAAUGGACAACCAGGACCUCCAGGACCACCUGGGGAGAGGGGUCUUCAAGGCUUUGCGGGUCGUCCAGGAAAUGUUGGACCUCCUGGUCCUGCUGGACCCGCUGGACAACCAGGCUCCGCUGGUACCAACGGGGUCAAAGGAGACAAGGGGGAAGUUGGUGUUGGUGUCCCUGGUGCUAGAGGAGAGAGAGGAGAUGCAGGGACCAGAGGCGAGGAGGGUCGUCCCGGUCUGGACGGGGAAAGAGGAGCAACUGGUUCCCCGGGGGCUCGUGGUGUUCGGGGAGAGAAGGGAGACGGUGGACCUCAAGGUGACAAAGGAGAAAAGGGUGACACUGUGCUUGUGGGAGGAGCUCCUGGAGAAAAGGGCAACAAAGGAGAAACGGGCGACAGAGGGCCGAAAGGGAUCCAAGGAGAAAAAGGAACAAAGGGUCAAGAGGGGCCUUCAGGGGAGCAGGGUCAGAGGGGAGAGCCGGGGGAGAAAGGAUCCGUCGGAUUCCCCGGGGCCCGGGGUCCUGGUGGACAGAAGGGAGAAGCCGGUCAUCCCGGAGUGCCUGGUGAAGCGGGUUUGUCAGGGAAAGACGGACUGCUGGGGCAGAAGGGCGACAAGGGAUUCACCGGUGUUUCAGGAUUGAGAGGAGUCAAGGGUGUUUCUGGUGUGCCUGGCCCUCCCGGUCCCAGAGGAGUGGAUGGGGCCGCCGGUCUAACUGGGCCCCAGGGACCAUCUGGUGGUGCCGGCCCUGAAGGGCUCCAGGGAGAGAAGGGAGAGCGAGGGCCGUUCGGUCCGUCGGUGGUGGGUCCACGCGGAAUCCCGGGGAUCCCAGGAGAGCGAGGACAGCCGGGAGACUUGGGCCCAGAUGGAACCAAGGGAGACAGAGGAGAGCCGGGCAUGACGGAGGAUGAGAUCAGACACUAUGUCCGCUCGGAGAUGAAUCAGCACUGUGCGUGUGGAGGUUCAGGCCUGGACCCUCAGUCCCAGCCGACGGUCAGGGCUCGGCCUGCACUCGAGCAACUGGGCCUGAACGGUGAGGAGGGCCGCGAGCUGCACGUGGUGGUGAAUACCAACGACCCCGACUACGAGCACAUCUACUCCGUCGAGGCCUACGACGAGCCCAUGGACGAGCUGCUCUACGUGGAGCCGCCGGCCAACCAGAGCGAUGGUGAGACUGUCAAAAAGGAUUCAGAGAAAACAUUCAAAGUGGAAGCAAACAAAUCAGUCAGGACCAAGAGGAGAGUCAGAGGUGAAGCUCCAGCAGACUUGUGCCAGUUGCCCAUGGACGAGGGAAACUGUGGACGUUACAGUCUGCGCUGGUAUUUCAACGAUCGGUCUCAGGCCUGCAGACCCUUCAUCUACAGCGGCUGUGAAGGAAACGACAACCGCUUCCUCCACCUGGAGGAUUGUGAAGAAUUCUGCCUUGGGGAGGCUGAAGGUCCUCGGCCCGUGGAGACAGCGCGGUGAUUGUGGCCAAACCUUUCUCAGCUACGGGAAUGUUUAUAAAGCUUUAUAUAUCUUUUUUUAUAGAUCAUUAUUUUUGUUGAAAGCCAAUGGUCAAGAUUUGUUGUGUUUAUUUAUUUAUAUCUUUAAAUGCAGCCAUUUCACUUCACCGUGGGUUCGACAGCUGUGAGACUUCCAGAGAGUUUAUAUUCUCAUAUUCAGCAAAACUAAAGACUAAAUUGUGUGUUUCACAUUUGCACAGUGAAGAGGAGUUUCUCUUAAAGACUUCACCCUGAGGUGGUUUUAGUGCUUUUGUCACUCAUAUGCACAGAGGGAAAAUCACCUCACACAUUGGUGAAGCUGUAGUUUAGCCUGUUAUUUCACUUAUUAUCUGAACAUAAUGAGACGACUCAUUUCAAGUUAAAAUGAAAUCAUCAGUAUAAAAAAUGAACGUUAAAUGAAGCCAAAGACGUUCCCUGGAGAAGUGGAAUCCUCCGUCUUGUGUGGUUUGGUGUUGAUUUAUCGCUGGUCAGUCACCAACAGUCACCAACAAUCUCAGCCUGUCUCUCUGCUCCUGUGCUUAUUGUUGUCGUCUAUUAAAACUCACAGAUAUCGCUGAUUAGAAUUCAGCUCGCCGCGUUUCUAAUGAUCGUCUCUGGAAGUCUAAAUAAAACAAGUCAACACUCGAGCAGAGAGUUAAACCAUGUGUUCAAACUGCAGCCAAAGCUGGUGCUUAUACUCGCAGGAUGUUUGCUAAUGUUUUCAUUCUUUUCAUUCUUUCUGUACAGCACAAGUGGGCGGAGCUGGUGGUUUCAUUAUCCUUCUGUCCAGGCGUCUUCUAAAGAUAAUCAGGAUACUUUGUUUCUCAAUAUAGGAACGUAGGAGUCACCCGAGUCGUAUUAAAGUGUUUAAAAAAUAACAAUUAGAGAAGAAUCCUUUUGCAGAACUAUUUAUAAAAACAAAAAUAAGUGAUUAAAGUAUUUAUACCAGCUCUUAGCCUCACAUAGUCAAUAGAGUUUUAAGUGAAAUCAUUGGUUGAUUGUUUUAACUUCUCUCUAAAACUGCAGCUAAUGAUUAUUUUCACGAGUAAUAAAUAAAAUAAUAAAGUAUCAGAAAGUGUUUGUCAAACGUGGAAAUGAUGAUGUUUUUAAUGAUUUCCUUGUGAUAUGAAGCAAAGAAACCAGAAAAUAUUCACACAGAAAUCUUCUUUUAAUCAUGAAAAAAAGCUUCAAACCGAUGAAUCGAUUAUCAAAAUAGUUGACGAUUCAUUGAAUAAUCGAUUAAUCGUGUAAUUGUUUCAGCUCUACAUUUGUAUGAAAACACAGAUCAUCAUUAAAACUUUCACUUGAAGUCGUCUGAUGUUAAAGUUUACUAAAUACAAAAGUUACUCCACAAAGGCCAGAAAACAACAAAAACAUUGGCUUACAAUUAUUCUGGAUACAGUUUGAAUCAUUUGUGUCAAAUAUGAAGAAUCAAGCACAACAAUCUCAACAAUGUUUUGUACAUACUGGUUUUAUUAUUAUUAGUUUGGGGGAAUGUUGUGUAUCUGCAUGUUUACCUGCCAGAGAAAAGGUGCUAUUUGGAAAAGUAUUUUUUUGUACUGUUCGUUGAAGGUGGAAACUUUCGUCAUGUGGAACAUUGUCAUGAACAUUUCUAAUAAACCAAAUGUUUGAGUAAAA